GUAUGCACGGGGCAGACUCAGCUGCAGCAUGGAUGACGGCAGGGACAACUCGCGUGUUUGUGAAAACACCUCAGACUGUGAGGAAGACAGGUGUUCAGAUAAUGAUUUUGAAACUUCAAAACUCGGGACCAAAGAAUACUGGGAAGAAGCAUAUCAGAAAGAACUUGAGACAUUUAAAGACAUAGGAGAUAUUGGUGAGAUAUGGUUUGGUGAGGAAAGCAUGAGCCGUGUGCUGAGAUGGAUGGACAAGGCCAAGAUCGCAGAAAACGCUGCCAUUCUUGAUAUCGGCACUGGAAAUGGAGCCUUUUUGGUAGAAUUGAUUAAACACGGAUACAAGAAUCUGACUGGUAUUGAUUACUCUCCAGCCUCUGUAGAGUUGGCCAGAAGUGUUCUGCGGGCCGAGGGCUUGACUGAUAUCACCAUAAAGGAAAUGGAUUUCUUGAAUUGUCAAGGAGAACUCAAGGGGUUUGACGUCUGUAUCGAUAAAGGAACGUUCGAUGCAGUAAGCUUAAAUCCAGAGGACACCAAGGAGAGCAAAAAACUGUAUGCCCAAGCUUUAAAAGAUGCUCUAAAAGACAAUGGGUUUUUCAUUAUCACUUCUUGUAACUGGACGAAAGAGCAGCUAAUAGAGAGAUUUGGAGAAGGAUUUGAGUUCGUACAGGAGUUGCCUACACCCAGUUUCCAGUUUGGAGGCAAGACUGGGAACAGUGUGGCAGCUCUCGUCUUCAGGAGACUGCAUUGAUGGAUGCACCAGAAGAGGAUUUAUUUUUUUCUCAAAUCCAUUAAUGCUGCAGCUUUUUCUGUUGAACACGAGCAUUUAUGUACUUAAAGACAUUUAUCAAGAACUCAUGUUGAAAGACUUGUCUAAUGAAGCAAAUAUGCAGCAACUGACUGAGACCUGGAAUAAAUCUGUCUUCUGUCUUAA